AACCCCUUCGGAGUCAAUUCGGUACCCCCAUCCAUCGACAUCCACGGGGAGCAUAUCACUCCAUAAUAGACGUCAGAGUCUUUCUGAACUACCAUGAACUUUUUGUGGGCUCUCAUAGCAGCGUUAAGCGUAUACUAUGUCUUUCUAUCCCUAGAGCGUGCUCUUCGAAGACGACUUUCUUCAGACCCAGACGUGCGUCUUGGAUGUCGACAGCUUGGGUCACCGAGCUCCUCGCCAGAAAAUCAAGGGCACCGCUGUCAUCUGUGGGGGAAGGUGAAUACUUAUCCCCAACUCCGCGAAGCUCUCGUUCUCGUUCUGAUUCGGAUUUUCAGCAUUGCAGGUCUCACUGCAGCCCGAGUGUGCCAUGAUCACUUUGAAGAUGUGGUCAUUAUCGAACCAGAGGCAUGGUUGAACUUCUGCGGAUGCAAAACGUCCCCAUUCGUGGAAUCAGCAGAACAAGCGCUCCCGAAUAAUGCAAUAUGAAUCGUUUCACGGUCCUGUUGAGUCGCCUAGGGAUUUCGUCUGGCAAUCAGUGACCCUUUGACCUCUAGCAUUAAUGACCAUUGGCUACACUACAAUGAAGAAGCUCUUCCCAGAUUUCGUAGAAGAGUGUGAAUCUUCAGCAAUACUGGUGAGCUAUGAUGUUCAGCCAUAGUUUUUAAAUUCCGCGACUA